AUGAAUUACCUGCGGAUCUACCUGAUUGAUACACCAGGCUUUAACGAUACCGAUCGCUCGGACAUUGAUACUCUAAGCAUACUCGCCAGCUAUCUCGGCGCAUCAUAUGCAAACGGCGUGCGUAUCCACGGCAUCAUAAUGCUACAUCCAAUCAGCUGUAAUCGGAUGUCAGGGUCCACCCUGCGCAAUAUUGAUAUGAUGAAAGCUAUGUGUGGAUAUGACUGUUACGAUAAUCUUGCCAUCGCCACGACCAUGUGGCCUGAAUCUACUACAGCUUUGUGUGGGGAGAAGCAUGCGCUAAAGAAGCGACAGGCUGAGCUUGUGCGUGACCAGCGAUUUUUUGGUGCUCUUGUCUCGCGUGGAGCGGCUGUUUUUCGUUAUAACAAGAAAGGGAUCAAAGAUUCUAUCGACGAGAUAGAUUCCGCGCGUGAUAUCGUGUCGUAUCUCGUUGACCAGUCUGAUCAACGGGCUCCGAAGGUACUUCGGCUUCAACGCGAGAUCAUUGAGGAACGAAAGGCUCUUGGUGAGACGGAGGCGGGUAUUGCGGUUGCAAGAGAUAUGCAUGAAGCUAGACGAGAAUAUGAAGAGGACCUGCAUAGGAUAGAGGCAGAGAUGAAGCGGGAGCUGGCCAAGACGAAUUCUGCAUAUGCCGCCAAUCUAAAAGAGCUUAAGGAUGAUAUUGAGAAACAGCUGAGGAAGUCUGAGCAAGAGAAACAUACAUUGAGAAAUUCAAUGCAAGAUUUGCAUCACAGGGAGGAGAAGAUUUGGAAGGAAAGACUCGAGCAGAUGGACAAGCAAUUCCGGAAGCAGAUUGCCGUCAAAGAAGACGAACUACGUGAUACGGAGGCGCCUCUGGACGAAACUCGCAGGGAUGUGGAUCAACAAGCUCAAGAUCUCCAGGUCAAAAUUCUCGUUGAAGCAGAAGCAAAGAAUUACGAGCAACAAAUUGCCAAAACGAAAGAGAAGCUCGUGGAAAGAGAGAAGGAACUACGCAACAACGAAGAAAAAAUGGAACAGGAUCGCAGGGAUGUUGCUCGGCGGCAAAGCCUUCAAGAGAAGGACUGUGCCUCACCUGGAGAUAUGCAACGUGAGAUGAUAGCCCGGGAAAUUCGACAUGAGCUUGCGGCAAAAGAGAAGAAGCUGCAAUAUAUGGAGCAAUUGUUCGAGGAAAUGCGCAGAGAUAUGGCACGGCGGUCGAACAAUAGUCACCAACGAGAGAGGAGUGGCCAUGAAGUUGAACAACGCGAGACAGAAGUCAAGAAUGCCCGCAAGGUUGAACAGGCUCAGGAUGCUCAUAAACAGUUCAAUGGGCGGAAAGGCGAGCUUUUCAAGGGUGCGGUUGGUGGCGUUGCGUCUGGUGUGGCAUCUGGUAUGGUUGCUGAGAGGUAA